AAAAUUCAAUAAAAUUACUAGUAAUGUUCCGGUUACAUAUUUUUAAUGCAAGUACUUAAGCAUUAGCGAUGCUUAUUGAGAGGUUAUAUUGAUUAUCAAUUUGUACUCGCUUUACGACAGAUCUUCUUCAAGACAAUUUUGAUUCACGCGGCGGAAUGGCAGACGGAGCGGCAUCGGUCCGGGUGUCCUCGAGCCUGUCGGAACGCAGGGACAUGUUUGCUCAACGCGCUGCUGCUCACCAACACAAGAUGGAAUCCAAUCCAUUCAGCGGCAGCUUCAAAAUCGGCAAACUUCCAUCCCUUGAUAAAAAAGAUCCGAACUAUGGCAGGUCAGAUGAAAGAUCCAGAUGUAAUAGAAUCAAUGAAUUAUUUUAUUAAACCUACAUUAUGAAUAACCUACACUUUAUUAAACCUACAUACAUUAUGCCGAAAUCAAAUUAAAUCUCAGGUUUUUUAAUGGUGUUGUGCGACAUGAUCUACCAGGAGGGCGAACGCUACGAGGACGACACAGCAGCUAUCAAUUUUGGUGAACUGUUUCAGAUUUACACAAGAAUUUCAAGCAAAGUUGUGGGAAUUCUGCUGCGUGCCAGAAAGCACGGCUUUGUGACCUUUGAAGGCGAGGUUCUUUUCCAAGGCCGUGACGAUCGAGAACCUAUCGUCCUCUUGAAGCCAAUUCAGCAGAUCCGAGACGAACUCGCACAAGACACAGAAUUUGAGGUCGGGGUCUGCCACAGAGCGAGCCCUGCGGACACCGGGCAGUAGUGUUAGUUGCCAUCCACUUGACCAUAAAUUCGACUUCAGUAAUGUAGUAGAAUAGAAGUGUCGGCGUUGAAGAAAUAGGCCCAUGGCCUGUU